UUAAACUUUUCAUUUUAUAUGCUCGCUCGUCCAUUGUUGAAUCUCAAGCCCUUUGCGGAUCAAUUAUAAAACACACACACACAUUUAACAUGUCGGCGCUGAAGGGAAUUCUCAAUCUGACGCGCACGCAGUUCACCAACGAAAAGACCAUCAAUUGGUUUCCCGGGCACAUGGCCAAAGGCAUCAAGCAGAUGCAGGACCAAAUGCGCACCGUCGACCUCAUAGUCGAGACCCGCGAUGCCCGCAUUCCGCUUUCCUCCAUCAAUUCGCAGUUUGAGAAGAUAAUCUGCGGCAAGCCCCGCCUUGUGGUUUACAACAAGGCUGAUUUGGCACCCCUUAACAUCCAGAACAUCGUGAGCCGCGAGAUGGCAAAGCGCAACCAGCGCGCUAUCUUUACCGACACCACCGUCAACAACACUGUCCGGCAGAUUCUGAAUGCUGCUACGGAUAUCGCUCGCAGCGACCCGGUCAAAUACCCGCAGUUUUCAGUCAUGGUCGUGGGAAUGCCGAAUGUUGGCAAAUCAUCCUUGAUCAAUGCGCUGCGCAGAGUCGGAAUUAACAAGGGCAAGGCUGCGAGCACCGGCGCAAAACCUGGCGUCACCAGAGCUAUGAGCAGCAAGAUCAAAGUGCUGGAGUCACCGGUCGUGUAUCUGCUGGAUACUCCGGGCGUAAUGAUGCCCCAUAUCCCCGAUCCGCUGACCGCAAUUAAGGUCGCACUUUCAGGUGGAAUAAAGGACAACAUUGCCGACGAGAGCGUGCUUGCAGACUACCUGCUCUUCCGACUCAACCGCAUGGAUCAUUUGGACUAUUGCGCGGUGCUUGGGAUCGACGAGCCCACGGAUGACGUGAAUACUCUAGUCGAGCAGCUGGCCAAAAAGAUCGGCGCUCUGCGGCAUGGCGGCGAAAUUGACGUGGACAAAACGCUGCAUUACUUCCUCCGGACAUACCGCCAGGGUCUGUUUGGCCGGUUGUGUCUGGACGACCUCGACGAGAAAUCCAUUGCCAAUCAUUUCAAAGCCAAUCUGGAAGAGCCGCCGCUGAGCAAGAACCAGGGGAAGAAGGCCAAGCGCGCUGCCCAGCGCCAAAGGUCGCUCGACAAGGCCCGAAGCAAAAACUUGAUUUGAAUAUUAUAGAAUAAUUAAAUCCGUGUUUGUUGUCCAUAUUCCCUUUUCUGUAUUGCCAAAUGCAAGACCACGGGGCGAAAUGCAUCAAUAUAACAGACCGGGCACAUUGUGUGUUUAUGUGUGUGUUUGGCGCCUAAUCCGAAUGAUGUCUAUUAGUUUGAGAAUGAUGUUGCUGUUUUUUUCUG